AGGAUUUUUCUUCAUAUAUAUAUAUUUAACUGCACGGAAUUCCUCUGGACGCGAUGUCAUCCGCAUUCAGGAGGAGGUGCUCGGUCUGAGCGAGCCUCCGCGCGCGCGCGCGCACGCACGCCAACGAUGGGAGAUGCGGCAGACGACAGAGGGAUGAGACCAACCUUCAUCGUGCCCGCCAUCAGGAGCUUCGAGCUCUACGACUUCAGCAGAGCCAAGACCUCCUGCAGCCUGACGUGGCUGGUGGCCAAGGCCUUCGGCUCGGAUGCUGUACCAGAGGAGCUGGCUGAGCCCUUCUACAGGGACCAGUACAACCAGGAGCACUUGAAGCCUCCAGUCGCCUGCCUGCUUCAGUCUGCAGAGCUGUACUGCCGCGCAGGGAGCCUGAUCCUCCGCAGCGAUGCUGUCAAACCUUUACUGGGACACAACGCCGUCAUUCAGGCCCUGGCACAGAAGGGUCUGUACGUCACUGACCAGGACCGACUGGUCACAGAGAGAGACUUGACCAGCACGCCCAUACACAUGAGCUCCCAUCUGGCGCUCAUCGACACCCUGAUGAUGGCGUACACGGUGGAGAUGGUGAGCGUGGAGCGGGUGAUGUCCUGCAUCCACAGGUACUCCCCUGCCGAUCCUGUCCACAGCGACGGCCUCGUCCAGGGGCUGCCAUACGACUCCGAGGAUGCAAUCACCACCUGGAUCAACAAGAUAAACGAACACCUGAGGGACAUUCUCAUCGAAGAGCAGAAGUUACGAGAGACUUCCCUCCAGGAGUCAACCACCUCAACGCAUAAAGCCCGGUACAGGAGAGAGCAUGCUCAGAGGAACGUUCCGUCGCUCCCCCUGGUGGAGAACCUUCUGAAGGAUAACGCAGACGGCUGCGCCCUCACUGCCCUGCUGCACUUCUACUGCCCGCAGGCCAUCAGACUGGAAGACAUUUGCCUGAAGGAGACCAUGUCUCUGGCUGACAGUCUGUACAACCUGCAGCUGGUGCAGGAGUUCUGCAGAAACAACCUCAAUCGCUGCUGCCACUUCAGCCUGGAGGACAUGCUCUAUGCGCACGCUUCAGUAAAGAGUAACUACCUGGUGUUUAUGGCUGAACUUUUCUGGUGGUUCGAAGUGGUCAAGCCUUCAUUUGUUCAACCCAGAGUCUUCAACCCAAGUGUGUGUGAGCCUGUAUCGUCCUGCACAGAUAUGGCUCCUGUGUCCAGUCCGGUCAAGCACAGCUAUGCAGACAGACCUGCCAGUCCAGAAAACUUUGCUGCUAAAGGUGUAAUGAAGAGAUCUACCUCCAUGUCCUUUGUUGAUGACUGUGUCAGGACGUGGCCCAAAGAGAAACAUUCUUCUUCCAGGGGAAUUUCCUUUGAGAUUCCUUUAGACGUAGACCUGCCCUUCGAGGCUCCAUCCCCCCGCGGUAUGACCCGCUCGGCCAGCAGUGACGGUCUGGGCUUCAAAGUCCAUUAUGCAUCUCGCGGGGGCAUGAAGCGGCAACAGUCCCUCCCGCCUGUCGACGUCAACGGCCAGAGCAGACAAAUACUGGAGGAGGAGGAGGACUUCACCUCUCACAAACCUGUAGGGCGGAACCAUACGUUCUCCGUCAAGAACCAAAGCAGGUAUUCCAAUGGAGUUUUACCAGACAGCAGCAGCCCCAGGAAAUACCACGGUAACCCCACGGGUCACAUCAGCCCAUCGACUCCUCCGAGCAUCGAGGAGGCCCUCAAGAUUAUCCACAACACAGAGAGGCCCCAUGCCAGCCUGGGCAUUGGAGAUGGAGAUGGUGGCUUCUUUCUCCAUGGCGCAGAGCCAUUGGACCCUGCAGGGGCCCAAGCUCCUGAAGACGACCCCGGUUUAUCUAAGGCGCGGAUCAAUGACCGCGACCCCAACUCUGCAUCCACCGAUGAAGUCGAUACAGGCAUCCACGUGCGAACUGAGGAUAUCCAGAGUUUGGACGAUGACUCCUCGUCUCUGAAAGACUAUUCAGACAUAGACCCAGACUGUGACGCCACGACUCGGUCCUGUCCGCUGCCGGGCAGGAUGGAGAAGGACAGAAGCAGGGAAGGAGGACACAAAGAGGGUGGAAACUCCAAUCCUGAGCGUGAACAGAGGGACGGUGACCGAGGCAGCCCCUGCCCCAGUUCAGCUCCCACACUCCCCAGAUCUUACACAGCAAGUCCCGCCUCGUCGUCAGGCGGGUCCGGCGGUGGUCUGGUGCGGAUGACCAGCUUCGCAGAGCAGAAAUUCAGGAAGUUAGAGGGAAGGAGCAGUGGUGGAACCACACCUGACAGUACUGACCUGAAUGUUCAGCACGCACGUUCAACCAAAACUGCUUCCCCUCAUUUCUCUACACCCCCGCUGCCAAUCACUUCACCCUCUCCAAUCACUUCGUCACCCAGAGACCCCUCCCACUUCAUAGCCUCCGAGAUGAUUCAGCUGCGGAUGAAGCUUGAAGAGAAACGCCGAGCCAUCGAAGCUCAGAAGAAGAAGGUGGAAGCAGCUUUCACGAGGCAUCGCCAGAAAAUGGGCAGAACAGCUUUUCUUAACGUUGUGAAAAGGAAAGGUGUGACCGCUCCGCUCAGCCCCAGCUCAGGAGGAGCGGAAACGCCUUCACCCGAGCCUCCGUCCUCCUCGAAGGAAAACAGCCAGCGCAGCAUGGAGCGGUGCAAGCCUGACGGAGCUGCUCCCAAAUCCUCCUGCGAAGAUGGCGGUGGUGCGGCCCCAGCAGAAAUCGACCUGGCAGAGUACACGCGCUCCAUCGAAAGGAUGAACACGUCGCUGUCCUUCCUGCAGACUGAGAUGCAGCGUUUGGCCCAGCAGCAGGAGAAGAUCAUGACCAUGAGAGAGCAACAUCAACAAGCCUGGGUCAUUCCUCCUCCUGCUCCAUCCCCACACAGGCAGCUCCGGGAGUUACGCAGCAGCAGCGUAACGGGCCGAGGAUCAGGCAGAGGGUCGGUAGGCUCCUUGUCGCCAGUCUUGUCCUCUUCUGGGUCCCCCCGCGCCCCCAACCAUUCCCCUGCUGGCAUCAAGCGCCGACCAGCAUCCUUUCAUGCCAGAACGCCUCGGACUCCACGUCCAAACGACCUGAAGGUCACACCCAUCAGCCGAAUGCUCAACACCCCCACCUCGGUGGACAGCCUGCCCAGACUGAGGCGCUUCAGCUCCAGUCAAACCCAGCACUGCUCUUUUGCCUACCUGGGUCACAGCGAGGGGGCUGGAGAAACAAACGACCAGGGCUCCAAGGACAACAAAAAGAAGACGGAAGAGGUGGCGGUGAAGAAGAGUGAUGAAGGAGCAGCCAAAGAGAAGGAGGAGACGCAACAUGAGGAGAGAACAGACUUUAAAGGGACAUCUGAGGUGUUGUGUCAGCCGGUGUCUGAGAUCAACGGGGGCACGAGCAGCAGGACUCAGGGAGACCCUCAGGACAGGCGGGACCUGGUGGAGGUGUCUCUGUCUCGGCUGAAACUUUCAGGUGACCAAAAUCAGGAGGAGAUCACGGGAGACGGAGAAAAAGGAGGAGAGGACCAGAAGAUGUGCUGUGGAUUCUUCUUUAAGGAUGAUGUGAAUGGAGAAGAGGACAUGGCUGCCAAGAAAGCAGCUCUGCUGGAGAAGAGGCUGCGGAGGGAGAAGGAGGCUCAAGAGAGGAGGCAACAGCAGGAGUUGGACCAGGAGCAGAAGAGGGAAGCUGCAAGGCUGAAAGCAGAGGAGGAGCUGCAGAAGAAGGAGGAAGAAAAAGCGAGGAGGGAAUACAUCAAGAACGAAUACAUGAGGAGGAAGCAGCUCAAACUGAUGGAGGAAAUGGAUGAAGUCAUCAAGCCAAGAACUGGAAGCCUGAAGAAAAAGCCUCGGCCCAAGUCCAUCCACAGGGAUGUUGUGGAGUCUACUCCUCUUGCAAGAAUGACGGGGGUGCGUCCUCGAGGCUUCUCUGUGUCUAGUGUCUCUUUGGCUUCACUCAAUCUGCCCAACAAUGACAGAGACCAGCCAGAUAACAAGAAGAACAACAGGCCAGACUCUGCAGAGGGUUUCUCCUCCUGUCCUUCGGCUGGCAGCCGCAAUGAAGAGAAAGACUGGGAAAACGAUUCCACCACCUCCUCCACUCCCUCCAACACUGAGUACACAGGACCCAAGCUGUACAAGGAGCCAAGCGCCAAAUCCAACAAGCACAUCAUCCAGAAUGCCCUGGCCCACUGCUGCCUGGCUGGCAAAGUCAAUGAAGGACAGAAACACAAAAUACUUGAUGAAAUGGAGAAAUGCCAGGCCAAUAACUUCCUGGUGUUGUUCCGUGAUUCUGGAUGCCAGUUCAGAUCCGUUUACACCUACUGCCCUGAGACCGAGGAGAUCGCCAAACUAGCCGGCAUCGGCCCCAAAAGCAUCACCACCAGGAUGAUCGAGACCCUGUUCAAGUACAACUCGGACAGGAAGCAGUUCAGUCGCAUCCCAGCAAAAACUAUGUCCGCUAGCGUGGACGCCAUCACCAUCGCCAGUCACCUGUGGCAGAAUAAGAAGCAGGGGACGCCCAAAAAACACCCAAAGUAGUUCCAGAGGACUGGAACUGAAGGAAGAACUUGUAGAUUAUGCUUUUUUUUUAACAAGAGUUUAAAUGAAAUAAAAAAGCAACUCUAGAAACACAAAGCUGACUGUGACACUACUUCAAUGAGUGUGUUCUUGUCAACAUGUGUGUCCAUGUUGCCAUGUGCCAACUAAAGAAGAAAUAAGAGGCGAGCCUUAGCAAGCUGAAGCACUGAAUGUCCCGCCUCUCACAGGCUGUUCGGGUAAUCUAACGUGUGUAGCCUUAUGCUUGUUUUGUGUCACAUGGAUGCACCGUGGGUGUUCGUGUCAUGUUGUCCGUGCCUGUUUAAGUCUUCUCGUUGUGCGUGCACACAGGUCUGAAA